AUGUCUCUUUAUAUCAUCGCAAUAUUUGCCCUUAACGAGGGGAAGUUGGCUCGGGUAUGCCUCUGCCCUAAUUCUUUCUAGUCGUGUCUGCUGAUUAAAUCUGUUAGUCAAUUGAGCUUUUUAAAUGCAUUGCAGAUAGUGUGAAGAAGAACGAGCCUGACUGCUUGCGUUUUGAAAUAAUGAGCUCCACCAACGCAGAAACCAAGCAAGAAGAAAUAGUCGUCCUCGAAACGUUUGCUCUCCAAUCAUCCCUUUUCUGCCUGUCCUUGCAUUGAUUUCCUCCAUAGUUUUGCCAAUCAAGCUGCCGUUGAGCUACAUCAAACGUCGGACGUCAACGUGGCUUUCUUCAAGACGAUUAUGGAUGAAGAGCUUUUGGCAGCGCCUCCGCUGUUCAAGGCCACGAAAUCGCAUGGAGGAUUGCUUUCGAGAGUCUAG